CUCCUUACUAAGAAAGAUAAUUCUUUUUAAUUCCAGAAAAACCUACCCAAAGAACACUACCGGGGACUUGAAGACACCGUGGACAAGCAAGCGUGCCAAAUAGUAAUAACAAUACGCUUUAAGAGAUGGGAGACAGUGACGAUGAGUAUGAUCGCAGAAGGAGGGACAAAUUCAGACGGGAAAGAAGUGACUACGACCGUUCCAGAGAGAGGGAAGACAGACAUAGAGAUGAGUGGAAUGACAGAGAGUGGGACAGGGGCAGGGAACGGAGAAACCGCGGAGAUUAUCGGGAUUACGACAGAGGUCGCAGGGAGAGAUUCACCCCUCCCAGACACGACAUGAGUCCCCAGCAGAAACGCAUGAGAAGAGACUGGGAUGACCACGGUGGAGAUCCCUACCGUGGCGGCUACGACAUGAUCUACGGAGGAGGGGGGCCCAGUUAUGGUCCACCACAGCAGUGGGCACACCCAGACAUGCACCUCAUGCAGCCUCAUCACGGUAUUCCAAUUCAAGCUAGGCUCGGGAAUGUCCAUGAGAUGGAUUUUGGUCCACCCCCACCAAUCAUGAAGAGUUUUAAGGAGUUCCUGGUUUCACUGGAUGAUUCUGUAGAUGAGACCGAAGCGGUCAAGCGCUACAACGAGUACAAGCUUGACUACCGCCGGCAACAGAUGCAGGACUUCUUUUUGGCUCAUAAAGAUGAAGAGUGGUUCAGAUCCAAGUACCACCCAGACGAGGCCAGUCGACUUAGGUCGGAGGCAUUGAGAGCCCUGAACAGCCGCCUGAAUGUCUUCAUGUUUCUGAUGGAGAACGGUUGGUUUGAUAACCUCUCGUUGGACAUUGAACAGACUCCAGCGAUCAUCAAGGUCCUGGAUGCGGCUGUGAUAAAGAUGGAAGGAGGGACAGACCACGAUCUCCGCAUCUUGGAAUUGCCUGCUGAGGAGGAGGAAGAAAGGGAGAAAUCGGCAUCUGGUGGAACCGAGCCUCCCAAGGGCAACCAUCACAGGAACAUUGACGGUGACGGCAAACCGUCAGUGGCAAAAGACAAGAAGAAUGAGAAAGAUGAGAGCAACUCGGUCUCCACUGAGAAGAUGGCUACAGCGGCUGAUGAUGUCAAAGAGGAGGGACAGAAAGAAGCCAUCAAAGAAGAAAUACCUGAACCCAAAAAGCCAAGGAGAAAACGCAAGCGCAGCGGAGACAGCGACGACGAAGCCAGCGCUUCUGAAAGCGACUCUGACUCUGAAUCUGAUUCAAACUCGAUUUGCUCUGAAAAGAAAGAGGUGGAAGACAAGGAGGAGGAAGGCGGAGAGGAGCAACCGAAACAGAAUGCUGUAGAGGAGAAGAAAGUGGAGAAAAAAGUUAAAGAUGACACUCCUAGACCACGACCUCUCCACAAGACUUGCUCGCUCUUCAUGAGGAGCAUCGCCCCCACCAUUUCCAAGGCAGAGAUAGUAGCUUUGUGUCGCCGCUACCCUGGCUUCCUGCGCGUCUGCCUAGCUGACCCCCAUCCAGAACGGAGGUUUUACAGACGCUGCUGGGUGACUUUUGACCGCAGUGUCAAUAUUAAAGAGGUCUGCUGGAAUCUUCAGAACAUCCGUCCACGCGACUGUGAGUUGGCCCCUAGCGUGAACAGGGACCUUGCACGGAGGGUGCGCAACGUGAACGGCAUCACUCAGCACAAGCAGGUGGUUCGCAACGACAUCAAAAUGGCCGCCAAACUCAUUCACUCCCUGGACGAGAAAGGCGAACUGUGGUGCAAUCCGCCACAAGAAGAAAGCCAAAGCACCGAAAAGACUCAAAAUCCCAUCUUGAAGAACAUCACCGAUUACCUAAUAGAGGAGGUGAGCGCUGAAGAGGAGGAGCUGCUGGGCUCCUCUGGCGGGAUGGAGCAAGACGAGAAUGUCAAGGAGGGCCACUCGACAGAGAUGACUGUGGAGAAGGAUGAGAAACUUGCCAAGGUUCUGGAUCGUUUGAUUUUGUAUCUGCGCAUUGUGCAUUCCAUUGAUUACUACAAUGCCUGUGAAUACCCGAGUGAGGACGAGAUGCCGAACCGCUGCGGCAUGAUCCACGUUCGCGGGCCCGUCCCUCCCAACCGCAUAUCGCAUGGAGAAGUGCAACAAUGGCAAAAGGUGUUGGAGGAGAAGCUGAGCACUUUGUAUAGCAUAAAAGAAACCCUGUCUGAGGAAGAGGCGCUAAAGAUGGGCCGCAAAGACCCCGUUGAGGAGAUGGAGAAGUUUAUUUCUGCCAACACGCAGGAGCUUGGAAAGGACAAGUGGCUCUGCCCGCUUAGCGGCAAGAAGUUUAAGGGUCCAGAGUUUGUGAGAAAACAUAUACUGAACAAACAUGGGGACAAAAUUGACGAGGUGAAAAAAGAGGUAGCAUUUUUCAACAAUUUCCUGAUGGAUGCCAAGAGGCCGUCUCUGCCGGAGAUGAAACUUCCUCCUCUUCCACCUCCGGGCCAAGGAUUGCUUUCUCCAUUGCCGUUUUCUCCUCAAGGUCCCCAGGGUCCAAUGGGCUUUGCGCAGCCUCGCCCCCCACUCAUGGGUUAUGGUGGCGCACCCCCUUACCCCCCCAACCAUUUUGGAGGUGGGCGGGGCAACUACGACAACUUCCGUGGACAAGGCGGGUAUCUCGGGAAACCACGCAACAGAAUGUCACGGGGCGAUCCACGAAACAUCAUUGAAUAUCGGGACCUGGAUGCACCAGAUGAUAUGGACUUCUUUUAGAAGGUUUCCUUGGUCCUUGUUAGUGCUCAUUUCUUGCCCACACGUACUGUAGCGUUUUAGUUAACGUUUCAUCUUGUAAUGAUUGGGCAAGUAUAAAGAACCUCUGAUGUACACUUGUUACUCAAUAAAGCUCAUCUCCUAA